AUGUUGUUCCAAGGAUCGUCAGCUUUUUCCCUGGCUUCGAUAUUGGCCCUAGCUGCUGGCCAGGCUGCUCCUGCGGGUCACGAAUACAUUCCUCCAGGGCCCAAUGAUGUACGAUCUCCUUGCCCUGGAAUCAACUCUGCAGCAAACCAUGUAUGUUAUAUUCCGCGAAGCGGAAAGAACAUCACGCCGCUUCAAGUCGCACAGGGACUGAAGGAGGGAUUGAACGUUGGCUUGGACUUCGGUCUUGUCGUCGGUCAAGGCGCGACGGUCUCCAAUCCCAAUCCUCUCGCUGGGACAUUCAAUAUGGAUCAACUCCGUGCUCACAACUUUCCCAUUGAGCACGACGUCAGCCUUUCUCGUCAAGACUUCUACCAAGGGAGCAACCUCAACUUCAACCAGGAUAUCUUCAACCAAGUCCUAGCCUUUUACGAGGGCAUGGAACGAACGUCGUUACCUGUGGCAAUGCACGCACAGUGGGCUCGUGUCGAUAGACAACGGCAGCUAAACGGCGAUAAACUGAUCUACGGACCUCGACAGCUUGUGCUUGGUCUCGUCGAAAGCAGUCUUUACCAGAGUGUUAUGGGUAACCCAAUCACCGGCGAAGCUCCAAUUUCUUACGUCAGGUCGUUCUUCGAGCAAGAACGCCUUCCAUACGAGCUGGGAUGGACCAAACCGGCCGUCGAAACCAAUUUUGCAACACUAGGAAUUAUGGCCAACAACAUGCUACUAACUGACCCGGGAGAGUUUGGAGAGCAAUUGCCUGAGCUUACGGGAGACUUGGUGCAAGAUGUGUUCCAGCUCAGAGAUCCGUUGACGGGCACUCUCGUCAAUGCGACUUGUGCUUUGCUGGGACGAUGCUAG